AUGAGGAAUUCAAUAUCAGAUGUAGAAGCUGCGUACAUAUUAUUAGAACUAAGAAACCAUUAUCAAAAACAGUUACCAAAAGAAAUCCCUAGAGAUCAUGAGGUUGCGUUACAAGCAAGCGAAGCUCAUCAAUUUCACUCUAAGAAGAGGAAAGCUGAAAAAGUUCAGUAUAUGCAGCCAUUGACGAGAAAACCUGUGGAGGAAGACGAUUCCGAAGAAAACCUGAUUAAAUUGUUGGAAUGGAACAAAAUUAUGCCCGAUUUUGGAGAGAUAUGCAUCGGUGUUUCUGAGGGAUUCAGCGAACCGAUAAGGAAGCAGUUGAGGGAAAGCGACAUAAAGGAUGAUCAAAGCAGGCUAAUGUUAUGUAAGUUACAAGUGAAGACGAGGAUGCUUCCUCUUUUGAACGACUCAGAGAAUCGUCGCAUUAGUCACGGGACAGAAGGGCUUGAUGUUUCGGUUUACGGACCAGACGGGGUGGUUCAAGAGAUGAAGUUCAAGAUGUGGAGUGUAGACACACCUGUGUUGACUUCUGGAUGGAAAGAGUUUGUGGCGAAAUCUGAUCUUAAGAAGCAUUGCGAUUUUCUAACUAUUUCGAUGUUUAGGCACAUAGAGACUCGCAAGAUUUGCUUCGCUAUUCACUCCACUAGGUUUGAUUCUAUAACCAAACCGCUGAGUAAGAGGAUCAUGAAGGCUGUCUUCGUCUAG